AUGGCCCUACGGCGAGCUGCCCGCGUCAUCCUUGUUGGCGCGCCUGGUGUCGGAAAGGGAACACAGUCGGAACGCCUUCUUCAGCGGUUUCCUCAACUGUCCUCCAUCAGUUCGGGAGAUCUGCUUCGAUAUAAUGUCAAGCAACGGACUCCUCUCGGCAUCAAAGUGGAGAGUGUCAUGAAGUCCGGCGGUUUGGUAUCAGAUGACAUUAUCCUCCGCCUCAUCAGCAAUGAGCUCAGCCAGCGCGGAUGGCUUAACCCGACUCACCCCGCCGGCAACGUCCUGACGCUUGCUUCCUCGGCCCUCAGCGUCGAAGGUGCGCAAGCUUUCCAAGAUGACGCUGAAGUUGCCGCGUUCCUUUCCUCGCCAGCGCAGGCCCGUGGUUUUAUCCAGUCCCAGCUUUCGGAUGAUCCCACCCAUUCUUUCCUGCUGGACGGCUUCCCGCGCACGGCCACCCAGGCUAAGCGCUUGGAUGAAAUUAUCCCCAUCAACCUGGUCGUGUCUCUCAAGACGCCUGUUGACGUUAUCCUCGAGCGUAUUUCCGGACGCUGGGUUCACGAGCCGUCGGGCAGGAUCUACAACACCACCUUCAACGCACCCAAGGUUCCUGGUGUCGAUGACAUUACCGGCGAGCCCUUGGUCCGCCGGGCGGAUGAUGACGAGAAGGUUUACCUUGCGAGGUACAAGAAGUUCCAGGAAACAGCCGAGCCUCUCCUGGAACAUUAUGCGCGCCAGGGCGUUCUUUGGGAGGUUGAGGGUAUGAGCAGCAACGAGAUCACACCAAAGCUCAUUAGAGAGUUUGAGCGCCGCUUCGUUGAGUAG